GCCGCCCCAGAAGCCGCGCAGAGAAAGCACCACCCUGGGCUGCUGCUUCGGAAGAGGUGCCCUAUAGCUCGCUUCCGCGGGGCACACCCUGCCGCCUGCCUGACGGAGCGGACCCAGACCCGAACCCAACCCCGGACACGGACCCGGACCGGAACCGGGACUGGGACCGGGACGUGGACAGCGACCGCGGUGAGCGGGGCGGGGUUGCCCUGAACCCACCCCGCGUGGCACAGGCGGAAGGAGCAGUUCAGCCGCUCCCGCCCCCCUCCCGCCGCCGCCCUGCGCGGCCUCGCCGGCUGCUUCCGCCCGGUUUCGGCAGACGUCGCUGGUGCUGGCCAUUCCCUCGCCGCCGCUACCGCUAUGCUAGGUGUUGGGGAGCCUACGAAGUGGGAAGGUGCGGUAUGCUCCUGGCCUUCUUCCACUGUGUUAUCUAAUGGAGGUGUGAGAGUUCAUCUGCAUGGACCUGUUGUAGACUCUGGGUUUCAGAUGAAUCUUUUCAGUGGAUGGUGUGACUAAGAAAUUUUAAAUUACUUGCCUUUAAGCAAACAUGAAGUCGGCUUCAGAAGAGCCAGUCCCAUUGCAUGAAGAAUUUAUCUACUGCUGUGGAGCUGCUACCCAUGUCUUGAAAUGUGGGCCAUGGAAAGACCUCUCAAAAGAUGAAAGCAAAAAUCUACCUAGGCUCUUAUUCAUGAUUAUUCCUGGUAACCCUGGACUGGCAGGUUAUUACAGGACCUUUAUACAGGCUUUAUAUUGUGGACUAAAUCAGCAGUAUCCUGUUUGGGUUGUGAGCCACGCCGGACAUUGUAAACCUCCUAGUGGUAUGGAAAUGAUAGAAGACACAGAUAUUAAAGAGCUAGAGGAUGUUUUUGGACUUAACGGACAAGUGGAGCAUAAGCUGAACUUCCUCAAAAAGAACGUAUCAAAAGAUAUAAAGCUGGUACUGAUCGCUCAUUCUAUUGGUUGCUACAUCACACUGGAGAUGAUGAAGAGAGCAUCAGAACUUCAGGUUCUUCGCUCGGUGCUGCUGUUCCCGACGAUAGAGCGCAUGGCCCAGUCGCCUCAAGGAAAGCUCAUGACCCCUUUGCUGUGCAAACUUCGUUAUGCUCUGUAUAUGCCUGUCUACCUGCUGUCCUUCCUACCAGAGGGAGUCAAAGCCUCGCUGGUGAGAUUUGCUCUGCGAGGUAUGAAGACCUGUGAUGAAUCUUCCAUAACAACCUCCAUAAAUCUCUUCAGUGUGGACUGCAUUGCAAACAUCUUGUAUAUGGCAAGCCAAGAAAUGAUGAAGGUCGUAGAGAGAGACAGUACAACCAUAAAGCAAAAUUUAAAGAAGCUGAUUUUUUACUAUGGAACUGGGGACAGAUGGUGUCCACAGCAGUACUACGAUGAGAUCAAAAUGGAUUUCCCAGAUGGAGACAUCCGACUUUGUGAGAAGGGGCUCCGCCACGCCUUUGUGCUAGAUGCCAGCAAGGAGAUGGCUGCUAUGAUUACAGACUGGUUGCAGGAUGAUCUGACCAAGUUAUAAAUAUUAAUGCAGUGAUUAACAACAAAGUGAUGUAAUUAUUUUGUGAAUGUGUAAUUUUUUUGUGAAAGAGUCCAUCAUAUUUUUUUCUGUUUGUUAUAAAUUAUGGCUUGUUUUCUAUUGAGAUGUUUUAGAGACAGUUAAAGAGAGACUGGCUGGCCCAAAGUAUAGUUUUAUUGAUUCAGUGGUGAUGCACCUUCAUCCUGUGUCUUCAGGAAUAUGCAGGACUUGGCAACAGAUAGAAUAUUUAUUAACUGUAGCACUCUAGACAUCACUGAUACUGGAUUCACUUGAUACAAGUGUACCUGAGUUACUACCACCUCACUCACCUGCUGGAGAACUGUCAGAGAUAGGUUUGGGGCAGCCCAGACGGCCUGCUUUAGAAAGAAAUGCUAAACUCUUCUCUAUGGAUAAAAAUCUCCCUGUGGCUGGAUCCUGGCAAUGGAUCCUGGUAUGCUGUGAAAGACCUGGCCCUCUCAGAGGUUCUCAUCUGUCUAUGUAAUUCCAGUCCCCAGCAGCCAGAACAGCCCAAGACCCCAGGACAAACCUAACAUCUCCUCCAGGUUAAGUAAGGUCAGUGAUCAAUCAGAGGUCACACUGAAUUCAGGAUGAGUACAAGGCAGAUGUGUAGAUGAGAUGUGAAUUUUCUCAAAGUCUCAAGAGGGGGUUAGGAUGCUGCCAGAACUCCACAGGGUGUUGAAAAUGCCAUAAGGUAAAUGUGGCUGUUCAGCAAGGGAAUCCAUAUGGAGCUCGUCUGCUACAAGUCUGUCAUUUUUUGAUGGACUGCAGGGAAGGUCAAGGACAGUUGGUUAAAGGUGCCAGUAUGAGAAGGGUAAAAUGGAUUGCAGAAUCCAUAUAUAACUAAUUAUAGGUGGCCUGGCUCUUCUAAUGAAGUCCCUGGGAACAGUGCUUGCUCAGCAGCUUUGAAGAAUUAAACCAGUUCUGAUGCAUGCCUGAAUUUCAGUUCUUUGCUCUAAGGACUGAAGUAUGAAAUUUUCUGCCAAGCCACAAAUUAGGUAAGCCCACCAUGAGAAAAUAUCUAUUGCUCUUGCCAUGGUUGCACCCAUGAAAUAACAUGAAAAGGCAUGAAGUACUACUAUUGAGAAUCAAAUCCUUACUUUAGCACAUUGCUGACAAAUGCUCCAUUCCUCACAUCUGUUCAUGCCUCUCCUUUAUAGACAGCAAAAGACUAGAAAGAAAACAUCCUAUCAGUUGUGAUAACAGAAUAAGUUAUAAGAAAUAGCUAGAAAUUAAAAUCAUGUAAGGGGAACAGAGCCAAGUGUAAUCAGGAAAAGCUUUCUAGCCAUGAACCUGUGAAAUAGUUUCCCUGUGGAGCUCACAGAGGCAUUUAUAAAUAAACAGAACACUGCAGAAUAUAGUCAGGGGAAAUCCUGCCCUUGCAAAUACAUGAAUUGAGGUGAUGCAUUGCAUAUCUAACUUACUUAAUGGUUUAUUAACAGUUUUAAUGUAGUACUAAUGAAAAUGGUUCUGGAGGAUGUUCUCUGUGAUUCAGAAAGUGAUCAGUUCCUUACUUUUCUUACACAAUUAUAUGCAGACCUUCCACUUCUCUCUAAAUCCCCCUUGAAUCUUUCACUAAUAUUUGUAAUAGACUUCAGUUUCUGGGUAUUUUGGACUAGUUUUCAAACCUGGAGACAAGACAGUGGACUUAAGUGACCUUCUUUGCAUCAGAAACUGGUUUAGCCUUCAAGACUAACCAGCAUAUCUUCAGAUUACACUGCCGUGUAGUGAAGCAGAUACUGAUGCUUGAGGCAAAAGUAUUGAGACCACAAUUGCCACAGCAUGAAGAGAAGCUAGGUCGGUUCAAGCUGAAGGGCCUGUGCAACAGAUUAUGUUUACUGGAGAGCCAUUCCUUCUUUCUACAGGGUCAUAUUCAGUCUCAAUCAAAACAAUUCUUGUGGUCACUUUAGAAGUCCAUAGUUGUAUGUGUCACAAUCAAAACAAUUCUUAGGGUCACUGUAGAAGUCUGUAGUUGUAUGUGUCCAUGUGUUUUUUGCAUAGCCCUCAGGUGUUGGCAUGCAUUCAUGUUGGAUGGCCUUACGGGAGAUGCUGAGUGCAUCUGUUGCCCUAGGUGGUCCCUGGGGCAGAGUGGGAUGGGGGAGUGGGGGUGUUCACACAUAGAUGUACACACGUGUAUACAUAUGUACACAUACAUAUGCACAUCUAAGCAUUGACAACAUAGGGAAAAAAUAAUUCUGUGGGCUGUUUUGGUUUACACAUUGGUCUGGUUGAAGAAAUCCUUUUGGUUUUCUAAGUGUAUGGAAUCAGGUAAUCAAGCAAGGACUCGGUUUGUCAAAGUUCUGCUGUUGUGGUGGAUCUCCUGAGGACAGAAAGAAAUCUUGCAUUAACCAAAGAUGACAAGCAACUAUUAAAGCCUGGAAACUGAAGCACCUAUGAGAAGCAGUUGUUUACAGUGCAUUAUUCGUAUACUUUGUAUGAGGAAUUAAUUUAGCAAUACUUGUACUUGACUUGUGUAUGCCUUUUAUACAAAUGUUAAUCCAUUCUAGUAAAUCCUACUGACUGCAUUAAGACCUAAACUGAGAUUAGACCUGGUCAGCCAUGACCAGAUCUACUGCAGAAUAAUGCCUUACAAUUUUCUUAAAUGAAUUUUCUCUAAGAUUAUCAAAUCCAUAUUGAUUCAAUUGCUACCUUCCUCCUAGAAGUUGUUACUGUAAGGCUAAGAUCUGAAAAUUUGCUACUCUAUUCAUUGCAGAAAAGCAUGGGUCUAGUUUUCACAGCUGUAUUUCCUAAGAGGAGCAGAUUUCACACAAGGAGAAUCCAGCUCCUCUGAAGCCCAUAGUGCUCACCGUGAGCCUAGGCCAAGUGUCAGAAGUGCUAAUGGUCCAAACGUGCCAACUUGCCAUGAAAACACAGUGUGGUCUUGCCUGGUUUAGACUGUUUUAGAAUUCCUGGGGAACCUAUUGCAAAUGAAUUCACUGUAUGCAGUAACACCUAAUCUGUGUCACUCACAUUUGUGCUUAAUUCUCACCUUGCAAGUAGUCCUGCUAGCUCCAGUGGCUUUGAAUCACGUUCAAGUGUUUUGCUAGAUUGAUACCUUUUAUGAGAAAGUGCACAACUCCAAUAAGAAGAAUAAAGACAUUUAUGGUAAAAUGUAA